UGGAGGAGGGGAGAUACUGGCGGAGGCUGAGCGGUGCGCAGCGUGCUCAACAUUGCUCAGUCGUCUGCUGCUGCCGUAGACGAGAGGAAGUGAGUGUUACAUCUCAAGACAACACUGUUAAUUCUGAAGAUGCUGGUGAAACUGAUAAACAUUUUAAACGUCGGCAGAAAUGUUGGCUUGUGCAGAGGUGUUGCUGCUGCUCGACAGUUAUCUGGUCUUACAGGAAAUGAGGUCAUGGCUGAGGAUGACCCAGAAAUGUGGGAGCUCUUGCAGGCUGAAAAAUAUCGCCAGAAAUGUGGAUUAGAGCUUAUUGCAUCCGAGAACUUCUGCACACGUUCAGGUUUAGAGGCAUUGGGAUCAUGUCUCAACAACAAGUAUUCAGAAGGUUAUCCUGGCCAGAGAUACUAUGGUGGCACAAACAUUGUAGAUAAGAUUGAGAGACUGUGUCAGCAGCGGGCCUUAACAACAUACAAACUUAAAGCAGAAGACUGGGGGGUGAAUGUGCAGCCAUAUUCUGGGUCCCCUGCUAACUUUGCAGUAUAUACAGGUCUCCUUAAGCCUCAUGAUCGCAUCAUGGGCUUAGAUUUACCUGAUGGGGGGCACUUGACACAUGGCUUCAUGACUGAAAACAAGAGGAUUUCUGCAACCUCCAUCUAUUUUGAAUCCAUGCCAUACAAGCUCAACCCCAACACUGGAGAAAUUGACUAUGACAAAUUACAUGAACAUGCUCGCCUCUUUAGACCUAGGAUGAUAAUUGCUGGUGCCAGUGCUUAUGCAAGACUCAUAGACUACAAAAAAAUGAGACAGAUCUGUGAUGAAGUGAAAGCAGUUUUGCAUGCAGACAUGGCUCAUAUAUCUGGUCUAGUUGCAGCAGAUGUGAUCCCAUCUCCAUUUGAAUACUGUGAUGUUGUUACCAGUACUACUCACAAAACCCUCAGAGGACCCAGAUCAGGCUUGAUUUUCUUCCGACGAGGAGUGAAGUCCAUGGACAAGAAGACUGGGAAGCCAAUUAAGUAUGACUUUGAGGAUAGAAUCAACUUUGCUCUGUUUCCUGGCCUGCAAGGUGGACCUCAUAACCAUGCAAUUGCUGCUGUAGCUAUUGCACUGCAACAAGCUAGUACACCUGAGUUUAAAGCUUACCAAGAACAAGUCUUGAGUAACUGCAAAACCAUGGCUGAGGCCUUGCUUAAACGUGGUUAUAAACUUGUCUCAGGUGGGACCGACACUCAUCUUGUUCUAGUGGACCUCCGGCCAAAAGGUUUAGAUGGUGCCAGAGUAGAAACCAUCUGUAACAGCUGCUACAUUACAGUUAACAAAAAUUCAGUUCCUGGAGACAAAAGUGCAUUAAUUCCUGGAGGUCUCAGACUAGGAACUCCAGCCCUUACAUCUCGAAACUUAAAGAACAAAGACUUUGAGUAUGUGGUGGAACUACUAGAUGAAGCUUGCUCCAUUGCCUUGGAGGUCAAGGCAAAAUCUGGGAAGAAACUUGCAGACUUCAAAGCAUAUGCUGAAAAUGAUCCAGACAUUAAGGGUAAAAUUGAAGCUAUGCAGGCAAAAGUUAACAAGUUUGCUUUAAGCUUCCCUAUGCCCGGCUUUGAAGAUCACUAGAUUUUCAGUAUGAUAUCAAACCAGUGUAGUGUAUACUAACUUAUAUAUGCUAAUGAUAAUUUGUUUUAUGUUCCUGCACUUUAAUUCUUAUAAUUCUGUAGGACUGGUCUUUUCAUAAUGAUAUACAGGUCACCAAUCAUGAAUCCAGUUCCAUCACUAAUCCUGCAUUAAUUUCAUUUGGCAUAAUUUCAAAUUUCCCAGGUCACUGCACCAACCUGCUGCUGCUAUUAUUUGUUGGAAAGAUGAUGAAAUAUAUUUAAAAGUUUUUUAACACAGAGUUGGGAAAAGUGUUGAGGAAGCUGUGAAAUAGUAAAACAGUACAAGAAUAACAAAAAACAAGAAGUGGAUGACCUAAGAAAUGUUAUGAAGUGAAACAGGUCACAAGAAGAAGCUACUUGCUGCAUAAACAGCUGACAUCUCUUCCAAACACAGGGAAGCCAUUCCAAUUUGUUUUUCUCCAUUUAUUAUUAAACAAGCUCAAUUUUAGCACUAGCCAUGCCUUUAGUGAAUAAAAGAAAUGCUUCUUGUUAUGUAAAGUAUGAACAUUGUACUUUAUCCAUCAAAAAUAAGGUUUAACUUCUGAAGAAAACUUGACAGCUGUGUUUCUGUGCAAAGCUUGUGUGAAUUAUACAGCACUGGCUCUUUGACAGUUUGAUAUAAAGACCAAGAAAAAUUGCUCAAUUUCUUUACUAACAGUUCCAGCAGUACUGGUACUAUUGGUAUCAGCCAGAAAUGAAGUGUCAGUAUCAAUAUUGGCAGAAAAAGUGGUAUUGAUACAGGCCUGCUUAUUGAUCAACUUGUACUGAUUUACAGGGUAUUUUAUGGAUAGGGCAAGUUGGUUAACUGUUAAGUGUAUUCUAACCUCACCUCUCUGUAAUCUGGUAAAAUCACUAAUCUGGCACCUUAUAGGUCCCAAUGAUACUGGAUUAGUGAUGAGUAACCUGUACUAUAGUAAGUAAUUUGAUGAAUAUAUCAGAAAGUUGAAUAAAUUUGUAAUAUCAGAACCUUUUUUUGAGUUAUAUGGUGUAAGCAAAAUUCAAGAUUGUGAUAUGGACCUAGUCAUAUGUGAUUCAGCGCUGGAAAUAAUCUCUCUAUUAUGUAGUAUAGUGGGGAAACAUGUAACCUCAAUCUUUUUUAAAUUGGAAGUUGUGUAACAACAUAAUGUGCCAAUCUAACAUGAGCAUCUGGUAAGUGACUCCUUGUUCACUUAAUCCUGCUGACGUAUUUGUAUGGUUACCUGAACUGUUUUUCACUCUGGGAAACAGGCUGUAAAGUAGAUAAGAGGGCAGUUUACUGUUCUGGUGAUUAUGAAAAAUUGGUGUCAUAAGUGCAAUAGUUAUUGUGAGAUUGAGGUGGAAUGGAAGUAUUGACUAACAAAAAACAAAAUGCAAGUCAUGGAAUAGAACUAUGAAACAAUAUUAUGAUGUACAUGUCUAGUUUUACUGAAUAAGAAAGUUAACUGAAUGGAUUUUUCAGUGGCAUAAUAACAUAGCACAAAACUGCAGUUAAUAUAAUUGCCUCAGGCUAAGCUGAUCUACCAUCUAUACCCACUGCUUCCUCCCUUUUCUGCAGGACAGCGAAUUGGCACACUGGCAAUGUUCUGAUGACAUUCAGUUUUCUUCCUACACUUUAAAGUUUAAGAACAUCCCAAAUGGCUUCUCUGUCCACCCUACUAUAUGCUUUCUGUAGAGUCAUGAACAGUACAUACAAAUUUUCAUCCUUUCUUCAGUACUCCUCUAUUAUAAUUUUGAUUGUCUUUCUCUAUUUUUGUUUGUUUAUUUAUUUUUUAUUCUUUUACAGGUGCAUACACAUGAAUUCAUACGUACUAGUUUUCUCACUGCCUACCCUGUCUUAGAUUCUUGCCACCCCUAUGUCUCUCGUUCCAUACUGUUGGGAAUAUAAAUAAUUCCCAUCCCUCAUUUCCUUUCCUCUUCACUCCUCUCACACUGCUUCUUCCUCUUCCUCCCUCACCUCACUCUUAAUUUCCAUUCAUGCAUGUUUUUUUGCUUUUCAGAAUAGUUCAUGUGUGUUUCCUUUAUUCCUGUUACACCAUUCCUUCCCUUAAUAAUUUCUAAUACCUCUCUCCUCUUCCCAGCUUCACUCAUUCCAUUCUCAUUAAUUGAGGCCACUCUCAGUAUUAUCCUACCUCCCUCUUGGGCGAGCUGGAGUUCUUUCCCCACCCAUAACCAUCUCUUCCUCCCCACAAGAGAGCCACUGGCAGCUGGCAGGGUUAGCUUAGUGAUGUACUGUAAGAACAUGGGGCACCAAAUUGUUGGAUAAAAGCUGCUAGAACCAGAUUUAAGUGUUAUAUAGAAAUGUGUCAUGAAACAAAAAAAAAAAUUGGUAUAGAAGAGAGCACAGACAAUUAACUAAAAAAAUAAAAUAAAAAUUGCUAGUGGGAGCAAUGCCAUUGUUUCAUAGAAGGGUUGGCCAACAAACAAACUCCACCAUGGCUAAAUGUUACAGCUUUCAGUAUCUUUUUUUUAAUAUAUCUCAGAUUAUGCAAAAUAUGACUAUGUAAAGUGAUGUUUAAUAGUGGAAACAUUAGAGAGAGAGAGAGUAGGAGCAGCAGACACCAUCUUCAAGCUUUUAAUUAAUUUGAGUACACUUUAGAUACUAUAACAUGUACACUCUUGAUGUCAAAAAAAAAAAAAAGGAAAAA